AUGCAGAUCGACUUCAGCGCGGACGGGUUCGACUUCGCGACGAGCGUCGGGUACGAGCGCGCGGUCGGCGACGGCGAGCCGAUCGUCCUCUGCGGCGUCCCGCUCGUCGUGGAGCAAACGCGCGACGUCGACGACGACGGCGGCACGGGCAACGUGCUCUGGGCGGGGGGAGUGCAGCUCGCGAGAGAGCUCGAGCGCGGCGUCGCGCGCGAUGAGCUCAAGUGGCGGCUUUUGCUCGCGGAGAUGGACCCACGCGACGGGAGGAGGAAGGAGGAGGACCACUUGAGAAGCGCACCCCGCGCGAUCGAGCUCGGCGCGGGGUGCGCGGGCCUCCCGGGCGUCGUCCUCGCGUUGCGAUUCGGAAUGCGCGUGACGCUGACCGAGCAUCCGCUGAUGAUCCCGACGCUGACGCGAAACCUGGAGUCGAUCAAGGCGCAGGUUAACGCGCUGGCCGGCGCUGGCUCGAUCGAAGAAGACGCGGUGAACGCGGUGAACGCGAUCGAGAUCCGAGCCCUGGACUGGGGCGACGACGACGCGUUGGCGGAGCUCGCCGGCGGGCCCGGGUAUCAGGCGCGUUCUAUACACUGGUCCCCAUACGACCCCGUUGGCGUGCUCGUGGUGUGGGCGGACGCCGGGUACAGGGGCGAUAACGCGCUGCUGCUGCGCGCGGCGAUCGCGUGCGUGUCUCCGUGCGGCGGGAUCGUGCUCGCGUGCGAGGCGCUGCGGUCGGAGACGGUGACGAGGACGUUUCGAAGGAGGUUCGGCGAGUGCGGGCUGUUCGUCGUGGAAAUUUUAGGCGAAGGCGGCGACUCGAGCGAGACGUGGACGUUCACGAUGCGGUGGCAGCGCAAGGCGGAGGGGAUCAAAGCCAGGGAGGCGAUGGCGUCGAAGCGGUACGUGAGCAAGAGAGUGAUGAGGGACGAGGACGAGGGGUCCUGGGGCUGGGGGAGCGAGUGA